CCUGCAUCCAGACUUUAUCAAAUUCACGCAUCUAUCUACAAUCUCUCUUCUCCCUCGAACAACAAAACAAUCUCCACGAUGUCGAACCCACCAGCUUCAAAAAUCUACCUUCGUCCGCAUAACGAGCCAGGAAGAAAACAUGCUACCCGGACGUACAUUAUCUACUUCAUCACCGGCAACCCUGGCCUCAUCGAAUACUACCGCACUUUCUUGACACAUCUAUACGGCCUAUUGACACGCGACACUGCAUCGAAUCGCGAUGUUGAGUUCCAAGUGUACGGUCGCUCGCUUUCUGGUUUCGAGAUGAACAACCACGAAAUCAACACUAUGAAGUGGCACAAACUCCCCCCCUAUGGCCUCCAGGACCAGAUUCGGCAUGCGGAGGAUGAGCUCACUGACCUUGUGGAAGAUGUCUCGGAUGAUGGGCACCGCGAUGUAAGAGUUAUUAUUAUGGGUCACUCCGUUGGAAGCUACAUCGCACUUGAAAUUAUCCGAAGGCUGAGAGCGCACGGCAUGGCUGGAGAGGAUUGGGCGACGAGAAUUAUCGGUGGUGUCUGUCUAUUCCCCACAGUUAUGGAGAUUGCAAGGAGUGAAAGUGGCCAGAAGGCAGCACCUUUCCUGAAGAACUCCAGCUUCGCCUUCUUCGCCUCUGUAGUUGCCAACUUCUUGACUCUCCUAAUCCCGCUCUCACUUCUGGCAACACUCAUCAAAUCACUCCUUGGCUUCCCAGACGACGCAGCGCACACCACAGCCUCCUUCAUCAAGUCUCCCCAUGGCGUCCAGCAAGCGCUGCACAUGGCCCGCGAUGAAAUGUUCCAGAUCGACACCGACUUCUGGGACGAUGAAAUCUGGGGUGCAGCGCAUCCUUCAGAGCACAAGCAUGAGCGCGCACAUUUGCGCUUCUUGUUUGCCAAGAAGGAUCACUGGGUCGCUGACGAGACGAGAGACAAGCUCAUUCAAACUAGAGGGCGUCAUGCCUCGUAUGGUGUUCAGGAGGUAGAUGGCCUCGGCGAGAACUGGAAGCCGGUUAUGGAUGUGGAUGAGAGGGAAGGGUUCCCUCAUGGCUUUUGCUUGCGUCACGGUGUACCUGUCGCAGAGAAGGCUGCAAUGUACGUUGCGGACAUCGUUGCGAAGGAUACGGGAAUCUUUGAGAAGAAGAAGGAAGAUGAGAAGGGCUGGACAUGGUAGUUCACAGCGAUGGGAAAGGGAUAUUGGCAUGCGGAGCAUAGACAUAGAGAGACGGCAAGGGAACGUCAUCCGUCC